AUCCAACUUUUACUGAAGCUGGCUUCCCUGCCGCUGGCCGGAUGAUUAUGCGGUAACUCCCGCGGGGCGCUAUCACAACUCCGCCCACCUCCAUGCUGCCGGCGCUCCCGCUUCCCUCGCAUCUUACCGGCCUCGCCCAGCGCGCGCUAUCCCCGGCGGCGGCGAGGCAGCUACAUGCCCAGCUCCUCCUUCGCGGCCUCCCGCUCCCCGCCCGCGCCGCCGUCACCCUCAUCGCUUCGUCCUCCUCCCCACAGUAUGCCCGCGCCAUCUUCGACAGCGUCCCCGCGGCCUCUGCCAACGUCUAUCUCUGGACGGCCACCGUCUCCUCCUACGCGAAGCAUGCCUCCCCCGCGCUCGCGGCCGAGGCCUUUCCGCUGUUCAUGUUCAUGCUCCGGUCGGGACCGCGGCCUAACGGCUUCACCGUCAGCUCCGUGCUCAAGUCCUUGUCAAAGCUCCGAGCGGCACAUCAGGUGUGCCAGGUGCACGGGUUCUUGGUUAAGGCCGGGCUGGCCUCCUCCCUGCACGUGGGCGCGACACUGCUUGAUUCGUAUGGGAAUCUUUGCCGGGUAAAGGACGCAAGGAGAGUGUUCGACGAAAUGCCCAGGAGCAACGUGGUGGUUGGAAAUGCUAUGGUAUCAGGUUAUGUCAAAGCAGGAGAUGUGGAGGCUGCACGGCAGGUUUUCGACGGGAUGGUGGAGAGGGAUUCGAUAUCAUGGAACACACUCAUGUCAGGGUACCUACGGCGGGGAGAUGCUGGCCUUGCGAGGGAUCUGUUUGAUGAGAUGCCACAGAGAAACGUGAACAGCUGGAACAUGAUGAUCAGUGCGUGCUCAGAGGUGGGGUUGUGGGCUGAUUCAGUAGCGGUGUUCAAUCAGAUGCGUUUUAUGAGUUUCCGGCCUGAUGCUGCAACAAUGGCUGUAUUGAUGUCUGCAUGCGCGCAACUUGGUUUCUUGUCAGUUGCAAGGCAAGUGUAUGGACUUUUACGGAAGGGUUGUGUCGAAAUGAACUGCCAUGUGCAUAAUUCUUUGGUUGACAUGUUUGCAAAGUGUGGUUGCUUCAGUGAGGCUCAUUUGUUGUUUGCCGAGAUGGAUCCAAAGGAUGUGGUGUCUUACAAUGUCAUGGUCAGUGCUCUUGCUCACCAUGGACAUGGCAAAGAUGCACUGAAGCUUUUUGAACAGAUGAUUGAGGGAGGGUUGCAGCCUGAUGCAGUCACAUUUCUUGGUGUGUUAUCAGCUUGUGCUCAUGCUGGACUAGUGGACAGUGGAAAGUACUAUUUUGAGACCAUGGGAACAACAUAUGCAAUUGAGAAAUCUGCAGAUCACUAUGCUUGCAUGGUGGAUCUCUAUGGCCGUGUUGGGCUGAUUGAAGAAGCGCACUACUUUGUGAAGAUAAUGCCAGUGAAACCACAUGCAGGCAUAUGGGGAGCAUUGCUGAAUGCCUGCCGGAAGCAUUGCAACAUUGAUGUAGGUGAGGUUGCUGCAAGAGAACUCAUCAGGAUCGAACCCAUGAAUCCUGGUAACUACGUUCUCCUCUCAAACACACUAGCUUGGAGUCAGCAGUGGGAUGCUGUUGGAGAUGUACGGCAAUUGAUGAGAGGGAAUGGCAUCGACAAAAAUACAGGGUUCAGCUGGGUUGAAGUGGAGAGUGUUGUUCACGAGUUCUUGAUGGGGGAUUUCAGCCAUCCAAGUUUUGAUGAAAUUUGCGGUAUCCUAGAGCUUCUGUAUCCACAGCCGACUUGAGAUUAUUUUUUGCCUAAAGGAGCAGGGAGGUGGUUAUUUUUUCUUACUGCUAAAUGCCAUCGCACAGAGUGACAUGACGGCACAAUUAUCAUGAAGUUUGUAUCCAACUAGCCAUGCACUUUUUUCUCUCAAGAAAGCGCAAAGCUUGUGUCUUGAUGUAUUGAUAGAAGAAAAGUUAUGUACAAGUCUGAGAAAGGGCUAACACGCGAGGUUAUAGCUGAAUACACUACACGCCCGGGAUCUCUGGCCAGACCUCUCCCAGUCCCACCGCCCCUGCCUGGACCCAAAGCAGGCCUGCGAUGUCGGGCCACAAGUUAUCGAGGACGACCGCAUUGUACUCUUCUAGAUCCACUAGGCAGUCCAGACCAGGGAGGUGGUGCCUUUGCGGGCUGCUCACGGGGUGGAAAGGGAAGUCGACCUCCACCAUUCCACGAAGUCCUCGGUUUGUAUCCAACUAGCCAUGCAUUUGAACAAAAAGAGAGGUUUGUGAGAAGGCAAAGGCUAAGAUUUGUACUAGAACCUCUCAGUGGUGCUGUCUCAAGGAUGUUCUCAUUCCACAAUGUUAGUACAGAUAGCUAGCUAACUUAUGCUCCAUCAUAGAAUACAUGGAAGAAACAAAAUGUGAUUAAGUAUGCAGGAUAGGACUUGCACUAGUUUGCUUCUUAAGUGCUCUUGUGAGGAGGAGGUUUGGAUGGGAUUUACUGGGUUUCUACAUAUCAACCUCUGUGCAUCACUUCAGAUAUAAUGCAGAUCAGCUAAAUUCAGUGAUACGUUCAGAGUUUUGCUGCCGAUGUCAUCUGGGGCUGCCACUACCAGCAUCGCCCCCAAGCCUGGGAGGACUUAGAGAUAAGAUUCCUUAUCCUUCGAAUGUCUUCUUUAUCAGGUUAAAUGACUUAAUUAAUUUUUAAUGAUAAGUUGAGAAAGAGUCUUGGAAGGCCCCUCCAAGCUUAGAUCUUCAAGGUCUUCUGUAAGAGCUGGCAAUGGCACUAUCGUAUGUCGUCAGAGAUCAGCGUUCAGUCCUGUCUUGCAGGCUAAGUUAUGUGUGAUCGCUUAGCCUGCUCUGCUUUCGCCCGAGUAGAUUGUUUGUUUGACAGUAAAACAAGUGAAGUAAAAAAAGCAAACAAAUGAGUCAAGUUA